AUGACGGGUGUAGAAGUUAUUAGUGCGGCAUCUGGGCUAGCCGGUCUUUUUACCACGAUUAUUACCUGGUUUGACUACAUCUACAUUGCCAGAAAGGCGGCCCCGCGACUUCAGUCUCUGAUCGUGAAGCUUGGCAGUGCGCAGCUGAGACUAACGCGCUGGGGCCAGGCUGUCGGUCUGACAGGCUCGAAUAUCGAAGACGAGGAGUCGCUGAAAAGCUCGGGCUUAUUCCAGCUCGACGAGGAGCAAGAGAAUCAGGCUAUACGGACAUUUCAGAUCUUGGCGACUUUUUUCGAAGAGUCCAUGAAAAUCUGUCAUAAUGAACGCAAAGGAAAGUCUGAGGAUGACCCUGAAGUGAGAGCGAACGAAAUGAAGCCGUUCGGCCAGGAUGGCUUUAAGUGGAGUGCUAUGCACCGUUACCUCCAUGAGACAAUGCAAAAAAUCGUGCACGAGCGCAGAAACAAGAUGUCAGUUCCUAGACUCUUCAAGUUCGCUAUUUACGACGAGAAGCAUCUCGAGAAGCUAGUCAAGGACAUCAAUGACCACAUUGACGCACUGUACCAAAUUUACACUCCGUCUGCGAGCGACGAAGAAGCGGCGGGCGGGGAGGAAAUGGAUAAGCUUCUCAAAGUCAUGAAGGAAUUGCGCUCUGCAUCGGAGCGGGAUCCAGUAAUGAACACGGCUGUCAAGAAUCUAUUGGAGCAAAGAUGGGACAACAAUGGGGGAAAUGUCCAAUUCGAAGGCACUGCGACACAUUCCACCUUCAUUCAAAACAUCGGAGACCAAGACCGACAAAGCAGGGAUCGCUGCCGCGAAUACUUCGCAGUGACGGAUCCGCGCGACGUCAAGACAAACAUCCACCAGACAAGAGGGGCGCCCCUCAAAGAGUCCUAUGAAUGGAUCCUCCACCACCACCAGUUCCAGUGUUGGCGCGACGGUAACAACAGUAACGACAGUCAGGUCCUUUGGAUCAAGGGGGAUCCUGGUAAAGGCAAGACAAUGCUACUCUGUGGCAUCAUCGACGAGCUUAACCCGACCAUAGAAAUAGCAGAUUCCCAAGCCAAGACAUUCCUGUCUUUCUUUUUCUGUCAAGCCACUGUUCCUAAGCUGAGUAACGCUCAUGCUGUCUUACGUGGGUUGAUCUAUAUGCUUGUGGACACACAACCAUCAUUUCUCUCUCUUAUACAGAAAAGGUUCAAUCAAAAUGGGGAGCCACAAUUUGGGGGUGCGGAAGCAUGGGCUGCAUUGUGCAAUAUGUUCUUAUGUAUCUUGCGCGCCUGUACCACGGACAAGAUCUACAUUAUAGUUGAUGCUCUGGACGAAUGCGUACAGGACCAAGAUAAACUGUUACAGCUUAUUCUCCAGGAGACAAGGGGAUUACCGCACGUCAAAUGGAUCAUAUCCAGCCGGAACCACGUUAAUCAGCGCAUAAGGCUUGACGACUCGCAGUCAAUACUGAGCCUGGAACUGCAGGAAAACGCCGAAGCUGUGUCUCUGGCCAUCGGAGCUUACAUCUCGAACCGGUUAGCGGAACUUGAGUCUCUGGAGGAGGAUGAUACUUUGCUGGAAUAUGUUCAGCAGACCCUCGAGGAGAAAGCCGAAGGAACGUUUCUCUGGGUGGCGCUCGUCGUCCAGGAACUUCGGGGCGUUGAUAGCUGGGACGUGAAGCAAGUGGUGGAUGAAGUGCCGACAGGGUUGGAUGAUAUGUAUGCGCGAAUGAUAGACCAGAUCGAACAGGAAGCGCCUCGAACCCGAAAGUUUUGCCACUUGGUCCUCUCAGCUGCUACCCUGGCCUAUCGGCCGCUUCAGCUACUGGAGCUAGGGGCAGUGUCGGGACUCCCUGACGAGAUCGCCGGAAAGGCGAAAAGUCUUGUGACGAUGAUCAAGAGGACCGGCUCGUUCCUCACGGUCCGCGACGAAAGCAUCUACUUUGUGCAUCAGUCUGCCAAGGACUAUCUAAUCGGAAAGGGCGCGCAGAGUAUCUUCUCGGCUGGCCCUACGGUUGCCCAUCGCCGAAUGUUCACGCAGUCCCUCCAGGUCGUGAAGAAGGCGUUACGGCGGGAUAUGUAUAGCCUAGGAGCCCUGGGUACUCCUAUCAAGCAAGCCCAGCCACCUAAUCCGGAUCCGCUUGCAGUCGCACGAUACUCGUGUGUCUACUGGGUCGACCAUCUACGAGAAAGCGGAUCAUACGAAGAUCUCAAGGAGGGUGGUACUGUCGACACGUUUCUUCGAACGCAGUGUCUCUACUGGCUCGAGGCACUGAGCCUCCUGCGAAGCAUAUCGGAUGGAAUUAUGUCGAUACAGAGACUGAAGGAUCUCGUAUUGGAACGACCGACAGCAGCCAAACUGAGCAUCCUCGUCCAAGAUACAUAUCGAUUCAUUCUGUACCACCGAAUGGCGAUCGAGAACAGCCCCCUACAGGCGUACGGUUGUGGGCUUGUAUUUAGUCCAUCGCGGAGUUUGAUUAAGAAGUUGUUCUGGCACGAGCGGCCCAAAGAUGUCACGAUGAUGCCGCCAAUGGGAAAUGACUGGGAUGCGCACACCGGGGCAUGCCUGCAGACGCUGGAGGGCCAUGAUAGCUAUGUCAACUCAGUGGUGUUCUCCCCCGACGGCAGCCGCGUCGCGUCCGGGUCUUCGGAUAACACGAUCAAGAUCUGGGAUGCGCACACCGGGGCCUGCCUGCAGACGCUAGAGGGCCAUGGCGACUGGGUCAACUCAGUGGUGUUCUCCCCCGAUAGCAGCCACGUCGCGUCCGGGUCGGAGGACGAGACGAUCAAGAUCUGGGAUGCGCACACCGGGGCCUGCCUGCAGACGCUGGAGGGCCAUGGCGACUGGGUCAACUCAGUGGUGUUCUCCCCCAACGGCAGCCGCGUCGCGUCCGGGUCGGCCGACAGGGCGAUCAAGAUCUGGGAUGCGCACACUGGGGACUGCCUGCAGACGCUGGAGGGCCAUAAUCAUGAUGUCAACUCAGUGGUGUUCUCCCCCGACAGCAGUCGCGUCGCGUCCGGGUCUUUGGACAAGAUGAUCAAGAUCUGGGAUGCGCACACCGGGGCCUGCCUGCAAACCCUAAAUGUUGGCAAUUAUGUGAAUAUUCUUUCCUUCGACACCACCAACUCCUCUCUUCACACUAGCGUUGGGAUUUUUCCCCUUCGUGGCUCAGCAACACCUAAUCCUAGGCCUCCGACUAAAGUGUCCGCGUUAGACCUCCAAUCACCUAGUGCAAAUCAACUGCCGCAACCCCCCGAAUAUCAAGGCUACGGUAUCAGUUUCGAUAGACUCUGGAUCACGCGGCGUUCACAGAACUGGCUCUGGCUGCCUCCCACCUAUCGCCCGACCAGUUCGGCUGUAGGAAAGUCCGGAAUAGCGGUGGUGCUUGGCUGCCCGUCUGGACGUGUUUUGAUCUUCGGAUUCGCGACUGGGGGUGCCGACUGA